UCAAAAAAAAAGAAAAAAACAUCAAUCAGUUCCCUCAUUGAUUAACCACGAUAAUGACGCCUGUCGUGCCCGGUCUGAUUCUCCUUCUUCUUUCGGUGGCGGGAGUCGCCGUCGGCAGAAGAGAUCCGGCUGGAAGCGCUAUUCGGUUGCCGUCUGAAGCUUCGAGGUUCUUCCGUCCAAGCGACGACGAAGAAGCUGUUGGCACGAGAUGGGCGGUCCUGAUUGCUGGAUCUAACGGUUACUGGAAUUACAGGCACCAGUCUGACGUUUGUCAUGCUUAUCAACUCUUGAGGAAAGGUGGGCUUAAAGAGGAGAAUAUCAUUGUUUUCAUGUAUGAUGACAUUGCUUUCGAUGAAGAAAACCCCAGGCCUGGAGUUAUCAUUAAUAGUCCUCACGGUGAUGAUGUUUAUAAGGGAGUCCCAAAGGAUUAUACAGGGGAUGAAGUUACUGUUAACAACUUUUUUGCUGUUAUCCUUGGAAACAAAACUGCUUUAACUGGAGGCAGUGGAAAGGUUGUAGAUAGUGGCCCAAAUGAUCACAUUUUCAUAUACUACACUGAUCAUGGAGGUCCUGGAGUGCUUGGGAUGCCCACACUUCCUUACCUUUAUGCUAAUGAUCUGAUUGAUGUUUUGAAGAAGAAGCAUGCUUCGGGGACCUACGAAAGCUUGGUUUUUUACCUUGAAGCUUGUGAGUCUGGAAGUAUCUUUGAGGGUCUUCUUCCUAAGGGUUUGAAUAUCUAUGCAACCACAGCAGCAAAUGCAGAAGAGAGCAGUUGGGGAACCUACUGCCCUGGAGAGUAUCCUAGUCCUCCUCCAGAAUAUGAAACUUGUUUGGGAGACUUGUACAGUGUUGCUUGGAUGGAAGACAGUGACAUACACAAUUUACGGACAGAGACUUUGCACCAGCAGUAUGAACUGGUGAAAAGGAGGACAGCUAAUGGCAAUUCUGCUUAUGGGUCUCAUGUCAUGCAAUAUGGAGAUGUACCACUAAGCAAAGAAAAUCUCUUCUUGUAUAUAGGCACUAAUCCAGCAAAUGAUAACUAUACUUUUGUCGAUGAGAACUCCUUGAGGCCGCCUUCAAAAGCUGUAAACCAACGUGAUGCUGAUCUGGUCCAUUUCUGGGAUAAGUACCGCAAGGCACCUGAAGGCUCCAUUAGGAAGGUUGAAGCUCAAAAGCAGUUUGUUGAAGCCAUGUCUCACAGAAUGCAUAUAGAUCACAGUAUGAAACUUAUUGGCAAGCUCUUAUUUGGAAUUGAAAAUGGGCCAGAGGUGUUGAAAACUGUGCGACCAGCUGGGCAACCUCUUGUUGAUGACUGGGACUGCCUAAAGAAAAUGGUAAGGACCUUUGAGACACAUUGUGGAUCUUUAUCCCAAUAUGGUAUGAAACACAUGCGUUCCCUUGGGAACAUAUGUAAUGCUGGAAUUCAGGUGGAGCAGAUGAAUGAGGCAUCUGCUCAAGCUUGCGCUGUUUUCCCCUCUGGCCCUUGGAGCUCUCUCCACCGAGGCUUCACUGCAUAAAUGUUAGAAAUGGACACAUACUGUAUUUUGGUCAAUUCGCCUGGAUUGGGUCUAAACGGUCUCCUUUCUGCCUCUUGAUUAUACGUCUGGUUAUUGUGUGUGUAAAUAAUUUUGCUUAGAACUUCCUCUCAACCAGACUGCUGUCUCAUGAAAGUACAUGCCUCAAAUGUAUGUAUGCAUCUAUAUAAAGCAUGAAUCAACGUUUCCCGGUUUC